GCCUUUACAAUAACUGAUUCCAAAAAAUGCAAAAUUUAUCUUUUUGAUUACUGUUGGUAAGGUUGUUGAACUCAAUGAAUGUCAUGUUAUUGAACUCACUCAAGUCAUUUUAAAGAGACGCUUCAGCGACAGAAGGCUUCUAUAUUUGUCCUCGUUUACUUUUCUUGCACCAUUUCCUCGCAAGGAGAAGUGCAGUUUAAGAAAUGAGAAGCAACCCAUGCAUUAAACCUGCACAUCUGUGUUUAGGACACAGUCUCUUAGUGGGCGGGGCUUAUGAACUUCCACGUGGUGUAACAUAUUGGGUGACGUAACCAAUACAGGAAGUGUCAUCUCUAUUCAUUUGUACAAAACAAACUUUAUCUAAAAAUGUCAGAGCCUGAAUUGUGCACGGAGAAAGUAUCUCGUUAGGUCAAUUCAGAUAUGACCGUUACUUAUUCUGUCUUCUGCAAGAGCGCACUUGGUAUGUACUGAAUUGAAGCUUAUUUAGUGUAUUACUGUACAGAGGAGACUGAAGUUCAGCUAACGCUAGCUAGCUGCCCUGAUUGUAAUACUGUCAGCUAACGUUACUACAUGCUGUUUGUUCUGCAGACCAUCACUGUACCCGGUUUUAAUGCAAAAAAAGUAGCUAGGUAUGCUCGCUAGGUCUCUGACAGCUUUGACAUCCUGGAGACUGUAUCAGCCUUUGGAGAGGACACUUUACUCCAGAUUAGUCUCUGGAAGAGCACUAAGGCUGGAGAAAUGUCCAGGCUCAGGGCUCAGCUGCUGUCUACCAAGUGUGCUGUCCUGCAGCGCCUCAUCUCACAAACUUCACACACACUGCAAGAACAAUCCCACCAUCACAUUCAGCGAUGCCUGGUCUUAUGGAAUGCGAAGACGCGUUUUUAACCCAAAACAUGGCAUGGUACUCAAAACAUGGAAUAUACACAGAACAUUUCAAUCCACCAGUGGAACCACCAAAUCUGUGCUGAAGCAAGCGGGCAUGCCUGGCAAAAAAACAUUAAAGGGACCAAGGACGAAACAGCCGUCCAGAGCCAAUCUGCCAGCCCCAGAAGAGGAUAUGAUGCAAUGUAUCGCCUAUGCAACUGCUGAACAAUACCACCUACCAACUCUCUGCCAUGACCUAAUAGCUAAUGGCUUUUUUGAAAUAAGAGACUUGCCCAGAGAUGCAGCUAAUGUUCUGGUGAUUGGAACAGAAAUGGCAUCAAAACCAGAUGACUCUGCCAUGAUGUUUUUCUUCAGGGAAGGCUCAGUGGUUUUCUGGAAUGUUGAUGUGGAAACUUUAAAGAAAGUGAUGCGGAUAUUGGAGCAACAUGAGAUUCAGCCAUAUGAAGUGGCUUUGGUCCACUGGGAAAAUGAAGAGAUCAAUUACUCAAUAGAAGAGGGAAAUACAAAGCUCCAUCGGGGAAACUUCAUAUUUAAUAGCGACAUGGACUAUGAGCAAGUCCUUCUGGAGAAAUUCGCAUUUUCUAAUGCUCUGUCUCUCUCAGUUAAGCUGGCGAUAUGGGAGAUCUCUCUGGAUAACUUUGUUGAAUCUAUUCAGCCAAUUCCAGAGACACUAAAGUCUGGGAAGUCAGUCAAACUGUCCAGGGCAGAGGUCUUGCAGAAAAUAGGAGAACUGUUUGCUCUGAGGCACUGCAUUAACCUCAGUUCAGAUCUUCUCAUCACUCCUGAUUUCUACUGGGACAGAGAGGACCUGGAGCAACUGUAUGACAAAACAUGUCAGUUUCUCAGUAUCAACCGUAGGGUCAAGGUUGUGAAUGAGAAGCUGCAGCACUGCACUGAACUGACAGACCUGAUGAGGAAUCACCUUGGUGAAAAGCACAGUCUUCGACUGGAGUGGAUGAUUGUAAUCUUGAUCACUAUUGAGGUGAUGUUUGAACUCGCCCGUGUGGUCUUCUGAGGAGACAGACAUCUUAGAGGAGGAUGUGACUGCCACAAUGAAAUCAGCCAAGCAUGUUUUAAAAGGUUUCAGUGUUCAUACAGCUUAACUGCAUCUUUUCUGAACCUCUAUUCAGUAGACUGUUGUCAGAUGCUUACUAUGGUACUGUGUUGUGCUGUAAGUUUUCAAUAGAUAAAUAAAACUCGAUGCACAA